AUGCAUAGGAAUCAUUAUCCGCAUCGUGACGACAUCGAAAUCUCCAUCUCCAUCCCCAUUCCUUUCCAACCCCAUACCAUCCCGACAGGCCGACAGGCCGACGAUGACACUACCAAAGCCAUCAAGCGCGCCCUCAGCGACAACGACAUCCAGACGAUUUUCUUCGUUAACCUGCUCAGCGACCACGAUGAUAAAGCCACCUUGUCCAAUCUCAACGCCAGCCGCUGCAUGCUCACUACUGAAGUGGAGAAAGAGAUCUAUGACAAGGUUCAACGCAACGAACUACCAACAAAUACCUCACUAUCCGCCGGAUUCAAACGGGGUGCUGAGCGAGUCGAGGUCCUGGGUGAUUUGCUUCGGAAGCUACCUUACCAGCAGAAACAGCUUCCCAAGAUGUGUAAAUACUUGAUGGCCUCCAGUCUAUCCCACGGGAUAUCCACCAGAUUAGAAUUGGUCGCUAAAACCAUAGCGGAGAUGGUAGUCCUAAGCGGGGACUCGUCGCCGCCUCAUCGCAAGCGAUUCGGGGUGUUGUGUACUUCGCGGAAGGACAGGGGUCCGUUGUCACCACAUGUCCUUCGAUACAACCAGUAUGAGUUUGAUCCGGUCGGGGAAUACUUACGUUCCAGCCUAUACGUGGCUUAUUUCGUUGAGGGUGCCUUCAAAUUCGGGCGAAAGGGUAGUACUAUUGAGCAUCGUGACUUCCAGUUUGUGCAGGAUCUGACGGACCAGAGGUCUAUGGAUGUGUACUUGUCGUGUCCUUAUAUCAGUACAUUGUGGAUUCCGUGAGAGUAGAGCUGUGUAGUGAGAUGGGGAGCGGAUGUCAAUGAUACGCGGUGAUAGUAAU